UUGGGGCCCAUGAAAGAAACGAUUAUCUUAGAUUAAUUUAAUCGUUAAUAAUAAUUAACUCUAAUCAAGACCUUCUCAUAGUUCAUUCAACACCAUAACAAACUUCCUGAUCCUUAACGUUGUUUCGAUCAAAUGUUCUAUAUGGAAGCCAUGCGAGACAAGAGUCCCCCUCCAGCUUAACAAAUCGUCACAAACUGACACGAAACUUGUCAUUCUCAUUCCUCUGAAAUUCCCUGCAAACGAUGUCGUUCAUCGUUGGUAUGAUCAUUGGCAUGUCCAUCGGGAUGGGACUGAUGGUUGCGUUUGCUCGUUACGAGAAUGUUCGAUCCAGACGUCGCUCCCAAUUGGCAAAGACUAUUGCGGCAUUUGCUAGAAUGACAGUACAAGACUCUCGAAAGCUUCUUCCACCAGAGUUCUAUCCUCCUUGGGUAGUUUUCUCAAAACGACAGAAGUUGAAUUGGCUUAAUCUCCAUCUCAAGAAGAUAUGGCCUUAUGUUAAUGAGGCAGCAUCAGAGCUAAUCAGAAAUAAUGUUGAGCCGAUUCUUGAACAAUAUAGGCCAAUUGUUUUAUCGGCUCUCACGUUUUCCAAGUUGACACUUGGCACUGUCGCUCCGCAAUUUACUGGAGUUUCAAUAAUUGAGGAAGAAAGUGGGGAUAAAGGAGUCACCAUGGAGUUGGAGAUGCAGUGGGAUGGCAAUCCAAGUAUUAUUCUCGAUGUUAAAACCAGGGUUGGUCUUGGACUACCCAUACAGGUAAAAAAUAUUGGAUUUACAGGGGUUUUCAGGUUAAUCUUCAAGCCCCUAGUUGACGAAUUCCCGGGUUUUGCAGCCGUUUCUUAUUCCUUGAGGCAGAAAAAAAAUCUGGAUUUCACACUAAAAGUUGUUGGUGGUGACAUAUCAUCAAUCCCUGGGAUUUCAGAUACCAUUGAGGAAACAAUACGAGAUGCUAUUGAAGAUUCUAUAACGUGGCCAGUUCGCAAAAUUGUACCUAUGUUACCUGGAGAUUAUAGUGAUCUGGAGUUGAAGCCUGUUGGAAGAUUAGAAGUCAAACUUGUGCAAGCCAAGGAGUUAACGAAUAAAGACAUUAUUGGGAAGUCAGAUCCUUUUGCUGUGUUGUUUGUACGUCCACUACGUGACAGGAUGAAAACCAGCAAAACUAUAAAUAACCAAUUAAAUCCUAUUUGGAAUGAGCACUUUGAGUUCAUCGUCGAAGAUGCAGCCACUCAGCACUUGACAGUAAGGAUAUUUGAUGAUGAGGGGCUUCAGCCAUCUGAACUCAUUGGUUGUGCUCAAGUUGCAUUAAAGGAGCUUGAGCCUGGUAAAGUGAAGGAUGCGUGGCUGAAACUAGUCAAGGAUUUGGAGGUUCAGAGAGAUGCUAAAAACAGGGGUCAAGUACAUUUGGAGCUCCUGUACUGUCCAUAUGGCAUGGAGAAGACGUUUAAAAAUCCCUUUGACCCUGAUUUCUCAUUGACAUCUUUGGAGAAGGCCCUUCAGAGUGGAGACGGUACAGAGGCUACUGAGCCUGAGAGAACUAGUAAGAAGAAAAGGGAUGUCAUUGUGAGAGGAGUAUUGUCCGUGACCGUAAUCGCUGCCGAAAAUUUGCCAGCAGUUGACUUUAUGGGAAAGGCUGACCCCUUUGUCGUCCUUACAAUGAAGAAAUCUGAAAAGAAAGAAAGGACAAGGGUUAUAAACAACAGCCUGAAUCCAGUUUGGAAUCAAACAUUUGAUUUUGUUGUGGAGGAUGCAUUACAUGAUAUGCUAAUUGCAGAAGUCUGGGACCAUGACAUGCUUAAAAAGGAUAAGAUUGGGAAGUGCAUCAUGACACUCACAAGGGUAUUACUAGAAGGGGAAUAUCAGGACUGUUUCCCUCUUGAUGGUACCGAACCAGGGAAGCUGUUUUUGCAUCUCAAGUGGACACCACAAUUUGUAUUUCGCGACAGUGAUUCGAUGAGAGGCAAUGCGGUAAAUGGAAAGUAAACUAGACUUUCUGUACCAUAACCUAAGAUUUCGUUCAUUCUGCAUACAAAAGGUCAGAGAGAACUCUACCCCAGUACCCAGUCACCAAGCUGUACAAAAAAAACAGAGAUAAGAGAGAGUCCUCCAGUUUGUUCGACGCCUACAUACACCUGUCUGAUGUUAGUUCCUUUUUCUUUCUUUUUUUGUUCUCUCUUCUCUUUUCUGCCACUAAAAGGACAUAAAUUUUGAGGAGCAAAUGCAGGGUUCAUAGUUCAACAUCAUGUAUAACAAAGUUGCUGCUCUUGUAAAGUGGAAUAUAUUGGAAACACUAAAGUAGAUGUAAACGGUCGGUUUUGAUCGAUUAAUAAUCAGUUCUUUUACAUCAAUCGAAAACCGAUGGCCAAUCGGUUUCGA